AAACUUAUAAUUAUAAAUCGGCCUAGGGUUUUAAUAUCAUCUGCUGCUGUCUACCGAACAUCGCCACUGCAAAUGCAAUAGGUAAAGAAGGUAGAGUCGCCGUCGCCGUAGCCGUACUUAGUACCGGAAUAAUCUCGCAAUCUCUACAGGUUUAUUUUCCAAGCUAGAAGAUGGCGUAUGCAGCGAUGAAACCCACAAAGCCAGGGCUAGAAGAGCCUCAAGAACAGAUUCACAAGAUUAGGAUUACUCUUUCCUCCAAGAAUGUUAAGAAUCUUGAAAAAGUGUGUGCUGAUUUGGUUCGUGGUGCAAAGGACAAGAAGUUGAGAGUUAAGGGACCAGUUAGAAUGCCCACCAAGGUUCUUAAUAUCACAACCAGGAAGUCUCCUUGUGGUGAAGGAACAAACACAUGGGACAGAUUUGAGCUUCGAGUUCACAAGCGUGUGAUUGAUCUUUUCAGCUCACCUGAUGUUGUGAAGCAAAUCACCUCCAUCACCAUUGAACCUGGUGUUGAGGUUGAGGUCACCAUUGCCGAUUCUUAGAUUUCCAACUGUUGUUUGACUUGCCCCAUACAUUUACUAUGUUCUAUUUUGGGUAAGAUUUCAUAUAGGUUAAAUACUUUUUGUAUUUUUGCAAGUUUUUCAAGUGAAGAAAUUGAGAGUCGUGUUUAUUUUUAAACUAUUGUAUUUUCAUCAACUUAGUGCAUUUCAAAGUCCAUGCCUAGUUUAGUA